CCAGGCGGAGUCACGACAGUCACGAGUCGGUAAAACUGGUGCUCCGUUCGUAACCUCAAAAUCCUGUUGAAAACAAAUAGUUCUCUUCUCUCUUUUGGCGUUCGUAGCCUGCCCUCGUGUAAGAAUCGCGUAGUCUUGUGCACAAAUCGGCACAAUGGGUAAAAUAAUGAAAUCUGGUAAAAUCGUGCUGGUGUUAUCUGGUAGAUACGCCGGCCGAAAAGCUGUCAUAAUGAAGACCUACGAUGAAGGUACAGCGGAAAGACAGUAUGGUCAUGCACUGGUAGCUGGAAUAGAUCGUUAUCCUCGGAAAGUUACCAAACGCAUGUCACAGGAAAAACUAAAAAAACGUUCCAAAAUCAAACCUUUCCUGAAAGUACUCAACUACAACCACCUCAUGCCGACUAGAUACUCAGUUCAAGAUGUUACGGUAGACAAGGUUUCACCUAAAGAUCUAAAAGAUCCAAUGAUUAAAAAGAAAUACAGAUUCCAGACCCGAGUUAAAUUUGAAGAGAAAUUCAAGUCUGGAAAGAACAAAUGGUUCUUCCAAAAGUUAAGGUUCUAGUUAACAUCAUGUAAGAUUUAUCUCUUUUUAUCGGAUAAUAAAAAAAAAAAAAAAAUCUUAA